AUGUCGGAAACAUCGGCUACACCACAAACCCUACCACAGCUCACGACUUCGGACAUCUACACAGUCCGCAUACUGCUCUCCUCUUUCCUCCCCGUCGAGCUCAUUGACAUUAUCCUCGACGAAGCCGACUACUGGUCGCAUAGCAGAGUGGAAGCCUCGAUGUGCCGCAAGGACUACGGUCUUGACGAUGGGACCGACUACGGGGAGAUAUUCCUCUUCACGAUGCCGCUCGCGCACCCGGACACUGUGGAUCAUCAAGUCGCCUCUAAAAUCAGUAUCAAGAGGGGCGAGCAUCCGUGCAGGCGCAUCGUGUUUGAGCUGCACAGCAGAGACAAAGGAUGGUCGGACUAUCCCGAGCAGCACGGCACGUACGACCGCACACGGUCGUGGUUUGACGUGAGCAUCGACGAUCCACACGGCUUCAUAUUCGCUUUUGGUCUUCUACCUCCAUCCGCUCCUGCAGAUUCAGCGACGAACCGCACCGUGGAGGCGAUAAGCGACAGGGACCUGCAGCGAAACGUGCACGCCAAGGCUGGAGACACACGUCACGUCAUAGUAUGGGACUGGAAAGACACCAUAAAGGACGGUUCCCCGGAGGCGCUGGAGGCAGAGAGAAUGGGCGGAGGUUGGCGCUCGAUGGACGGGGAAUUUGUGAGGGGAAUGAAAGAUGGGGACCAGAUUGCGCUUUGGAUGAACGCGAUUGAACAAGGCUGGGUGUGCAGGGUAUCUAGAGCGAUUGUCACGAUUUACUGGGCCGUUUAAAAGAACUCGGUGGGUGGGAGCUUAGCAACACC